CGCAAUGUAUCCAGUCGCUGUAGUUCUUCGACCAAGGAACAGUUGCUGAUUUCGAAGUUAUUUUCCGCUAGUGGGCGAUGUCUUGUGCAUUGUUCGCCCUUUAAUUUGAUCAGAUGCUGUUCAUAAUGAGACUACUGGGAAUAAACUGGUGCUCAUAUAAACAUUUAUCGACCUCAAGUUACCAUUAUCAGACUGAGUGUAAUAAGAAACAUUUUCAAAGUGCGCGAUUGUUUUAAACUUAGUGGCAGGCAGCCAUCCUGUAUACAGGUAGAUUAGUGCUUACCAUUCGCGGUGUCGACAUAGAAAUUAUACCCGGUAGAAACGCGCGAGUGAAAUUUCCCAAUUUAUCUCCAGUACGUCAUUCUGGUGGGGUACUCUUUGAACUAUUUAUACACGGCUGUUCAGUACUGUUUUCAAUCGAGUUCUACGUGCAUUAUCCAACCGAAGACAGAAAAAGCCCAGACCUUCUUUCUUUUUGUUCAUCCGAGAUCUUCAUUGUAUGGAGCGUGAAAAACCAUUACAUAAUCCACUGCAAGCAAUUAGCAGUAGUGUCGGAUCAGGAGCGACCUCUUCUGAGCAACAUGAGUCGGCUGCAUCCGCUUCAACCGGUGGCGGCAUCUUGUCCGGUCGUCGGGACCGCGUUGAGGGGCCCCACUUUGAAGGGGCCAUGGAGCGCCCCUCAACCGCCCCCAUGGUGGGGCGUUGGGGCUGCGAAUGGCCAAGUUGACUCGAGACAGACGAGAGUUCUGGUUCAAAUCGAACCCUCCUAGGGUUCACCGAUCCUCCUGAUGAAGGAGUAGAACAUCUGGAUUUUUGCAACGCCACUGCCAGCCUCGAAUACCCGCUAAAAAUCACCGAAUAUGACCAAAUCUAUGGAUAUUGGCCGCCAGCUCAUCCUCUACCUCUACCUAGAUGGGCUGCGGAGCCUCUACAACCCUACAGGUUGAAGAAUCUGAGGGAAUAUGAAGUGCUCGCCGGCAAAAUUGAGAUGGAGUUGCAAAAGCUACUGGAAGAGCACAAUUACGACACCGUUGGCAACUUCCUGGAGUUGUACCAGAACUUCAAGAAAAGCCACAUGAGAAGCCUAAUUGAGUUUUUCCACGCUUACACACCCAGAAUAUCCGACGAACAUCACACAUGUGUUGGUCUAGCUUUGGAGCUGCGCUACCGCUUGCAGAAACUAGAACAGUCCUACCCCACGCUUCAGAACCAUCUGAGCAUCGUUUCAUGUGAAGAGAACAUCGACUCAGUGGAUGGUUAUACUGCGUUGAGGGACACCUUCGAUACCAUGCCUUCCACGUUGGAAAAAGAGCAUUGUUUGAUGUGCAUGCGAUUUGAGUUCAAUGGAAGGAGUGGAGUGUUGCUGUGCGAUCCUGGCUACCAUGUUGCCCGAGUUGUGACGGUCAUGGCUGAUCGGGCCUACCCCCAUACGGGUUGGUUUAUUGAGUCUGAGGAGAACAACAUUCGCAAAGAGUACAACUACUCAUUCUGCACCGCCAAGGAAACCUUUGUGCAGUGGGAUGAAAGAACAACGAAGAAUGGCAAUCGGGAGGAAUUCACUGGGAUUAUUUACGUUGAACGCCCUUAUCUUACGGCUGUUGAUGUGACUGAGCGCAGGAACUUGAUAUAUCCGUUCAGGAGUUUGCUAUCAAGGGAUCAAAAGGGCCAUUUAAUUGCUGGCGUCUACUUCAAAGUGAAACUGAAAAGCGAUGAUUUUACGGUGUUCUAUCAAGACAUGGGCAAGCAACGGCUAAAAAUGAGCUUCUCUGCACUUUUACAAACUGAGAUAAACGAAGAUAUUUUGAAGAAACUGAGCAUUGCCAACGACCAACUGAACAUGCCGAAGGGAAAGCUUUUGGAAACGCUGCAGCAAUGCGCAGAACUUCUACGGGAUGACCACUAUUUACGGGAAACUCUCGCUAUUGAAAAUCUCAUCAGUGUAAUGUCAGAGAAUAACUAAUUUUCUUCAGAUGUGUCCUUUUAAGAUGGUUUUUGCUUGAUCUUGCUUGGUGUUAGUGUUUGUAUUUUUUUACUAUUUUGCUUGAUGGUGUAAGGAAUUGCUCUACUGGUAAAUUAUCUAUUAUUAAAUUUGAAUUUUAUCCUAAAAUAGGAGUGUUGGAUGUUUGAUUAAUUUAAUUAUUAGUGCUUUUAGGCGUUUAAUGACUUUCCAGCUGGAUUACUUCACUAGCUUACUUGAUCUUACACAUUUACUAACUUUUAUUUAAAAUAUAUUAAUUGUCACUGUGGGAUUAUUUUUUUGAGGCCUAAUUUGGAUAGGGAGUAUUUUAUUAUAUAGUCAAUGUCCCAAAUAUAUUAUAUCCGCUUGAGUAUUA